AUGACGGUGGUAUUUGUGGGUAAUGCCAUAGGCGAAGUCGAUGUUGUGUUGAUGUACUCAAUAGUCGCUAUGCCACCUGGGGUGAUUAUUUUCUUCAAGACGUCUAUAGGCGUGAAGGCACUAUGGAUGGGCCAUGCAAUUGGUGUAUCCUGUGUUGGGUUCCCCCCUUUGUACUUACCUUUCUAUCACAUUAAAAAAAAAUGGAACACUUCGACUUCAUUAAAUGAGGAGUUCCAUGACUUGAAAGCCACAAAUGAUAGACUUUCGACAUGGACUCCCCUCUCCUACAGGAUAUGUAGCACUAGAUCUUUCACGAUAGCGAAUUAA